CAAGCGGCAGGAGCGGGGUCUUGUUCUCUUGCUGUGGCUAGGCGGCUAGUUCAAGUUGCCAUAGCUGCGAGUCUGGGGAGAGCACAGUCGGUUGCGCCGCAGCGUCAGGUCAGUUGCACCUUCUGGGUCGCUGGCGGCCGUGGGAGCCGGGAGGGGCCUCGGCGAUGAUCCGGCUUUAAGGACCUGGGGUCCUCUUCUAUCUCAGGUGGUUUGGGGAAAGUGUAGGGGCGACCAAAGAUCAUCUACUUGACUAGGCCUUUUGCCCUGAACCUCAUGAAGAAAUGAUAGGAGGCAGACAUAUGUGCCUAAGAAGAGCACUGAGGAGAACACAAGAGGAGAACAACACGGAGUUUUGGGGGUGUGCUUUGAAUUCCAUCAGAUGCAGGAGUUUGAACAUCUUUUAUUGCUCAGAGUAAUUGAAAUUAAUAGCCGGAGACUUUGUGUGUGUGUACCAGUGAAAUUCAUGCUGGAAAGUGUGAUUUUUCUCUUAUUAAAAAUAUGUAAUCCUUAGUAGGGGAUUGUGUACAUCAAUGGCAGAAUCCUCCAGCGAUUCAGACCACUUUCGCUCUCGUGAUCGAUUGAGUCGAUGGACUGCUAGGUCAACAUGCAGGGAAUCUCUAAGUCGUCCUACAGUAGGCGUCACCAAGAAGGUCAACACUAUAACAAGUACUUUACAGGACACCAGUCGGAACCUGCGACAAGUAGACCAGUUGCUUGGACAGUAUCAAGAAUAUAGUAAUGGACAGGCGGGUGCUAUAGAACAUUUAAAAGAAAGCUUGGAACAAUCAAUAGGCCAACUGCGGAGUCAACGUUUAUUGAGAAACUCAGGAGGGAGAAGUAUUUCUGUUACAAGUCUGAGUGCAAGUGACCUUGAUGGUGGCACUGUGACAGAGAGCUACCGGUUUCCACCUACCUCACCCCUCAAGGACUAUGGGGAUCAACAGGGUACUAAGCGAAUUAGGUCUAGAACUGGUGUCCGGUUUGUUCGGGAGACUGACGACGUGGGCCAGCUUCAUGCUUUUCAUCAGUCCCUCCGAGACCUCAGCAGUGAACAAGUUCGGCUUGGAGAUGAUUUCAAUCGGGAACUUGCCAGAAGAAGCCGGUCGGAUGCUGAAACAAAAAGAGCUUUGGAAGAAUUGACUGAAAAACUUAAUGAAGCCCAAAAACAAGAUGUGGUUUCAGAUCGGGUGGAACGACGGCUUCAGGAAAUAGAAAGAGAGAUGCGCACAGAAAGAGAGCUGGUAGAAAAACGUCAGGAUCAGCUGGGACUUAUUUCUUUGCAGCUACAGGAGGCAUUGAAGAAACAAGAAACUAAAGCAGAUGAAAAUGAGGGUGUCAUGAAAAAUAAGCUAAAACAGACUGAAACUGAGAAGAGUCAACUUGAACAGGAAUUAGAGGUAUCCCGAAGGUUAUUGAGUCAGUCGGAAGGCAGCAGAGAAACACUUCUGCGUCAGGUAGAAGAGCUCCGUACACAACUUGUGAAAGCAGAAGGUGAUCGAAAGGGUUUGCAACAUCAAGUAUCUCAGCUGUCCAAGCAACAGUUGAACCAUCAGGAUGAACAAGGAGAUGACUGGAGGUUUAGGAGAGGGGUUGAGCAGGAAAAAGAGAAUCUGGAGAAGCAGAUGUCAGAUUUGAGGGUGCAGCUGAACUUCAGCGCGAUGGCAUCUGAGUUAGAGGAAGCGAAGCGGUGCAUGGAGCGAAAAGACAAGGAGAAAGCGCAGUUUGCAGCCCAAAUAGAGAAUUUAACACAUCAGUUGGAGCACAAGGAAAAGGAGCAACUACAGAUGUUGGAUCAACUUAAGGAGAUCCAGAAUCACUUUGAGACUUGUGAGGCCAAACAUAAGCGUGCUGACCUUCAGAUCUCAGAGCUGACUCACCAUGCUGAGGAUGCAACCAAGCAGGCCGAGCAGUACCUUCUCGAGUUCCAGCAGUCAGAGGCCCUGAGACAGGAGGCAGAGAAGAGGAGAGAAGAGCUGAAACUGAAAGCUCAGGAGUCCAUCAGGCAGUGGAAGCUUAAGCAUAAGAAGUUAGAGCGAGCAUUGGAGAAACAGUCUGAAACUCUUGAUCAACUGACAGACAAGAAUAAUCAGAUUCUAAAAGAAAAGGAUGAAUUGAAAAGCCAGCUUUAUACAGCGUUACAACAAAUAGAGAAUCUUCGAAAGGAAUUGAACGAUGUCUUAACCAAGCGAGCCCUUCAAGAGGAGGAGCUUCACUGUAAGGAGCAGAAACUAAGUGACGUUAAGGCUCAUCAAGUUGACCUUGAACUAGAAGUCAAGGAUUCCCUGGACACUAUCCAAAGGCUAGAAAGUGAAUUGAAGCAUCAGAGUAAGAUUCAAAGCCAGAUGAAAGUCGAGAAAGCUCACCUGGAAGAAGAAAUCACAGAGCUAAAAAAGAGCCAGGCCAGGGACAAAGCCCAACUUCUUGAGAUGCAAGAGGCCGUCAAGAACUUGAGUGCCAUCCGGGCAGAUCUCGCUAAUAAAUUGGCUGAGGAACAGAGAGCCAGGAAAGAGGUGCUUAAGAACCUUGCUGACCUCAAGACACAGGCAAAAUCCAGAGAUGAAGAAACAGCUACGAUCAUUACACAGUUAAAGCUAGAACGAGACGUUCACCAGAGGGAGCUGGAAGAUCUCACAUCGUCAUUGCAAAGUGUGAAAACGAAACAUGAGCAGAACAUCCAGGAGCUGAUGAAGCACUUUAAAAAAGAAAAGAGUGAGGCUGAGAAUCAUAUUAGGACACUGAAGGCAGAAAGCAUAGAAGAUAAGAAUACAGCUAAAGUCCAUCGUUGUCAGCUAGAGAAGGUGAAAUCACAGUGUGACAGGCUGACAGAGGAAUUAACCCAGAAUGAAAGUGAGAACAGAAAACUGAAGCUCAAAUAUGAGGCUUUGAAGGACCAGCUAGAAGAAAAGGAAAAGCAUAUAAGCAAUGAAGAAGAGCACUUAAGGAGGAUGGAAGAGGCCAGAUUGCAGCUCAAGGAUCAACUUCUUUGCCUGGAGACUGAACAGGAAUCCAUUCUUGGUGUCAUAGGAAAGGAAAUUGAUGCAGCUUGUAAAACAUUCUCCAGGGACUCGAUGGAGAAAUUGAAAGUUUUUUCAUCUAGUCCUGAUAUUAACUAUGACCCACAUCGCUGGUUAGCAGAAAGCAAGACUAAACUUCAAUGGCUCUGUGAGGAACUGAAAGAGAGAGAAAACCGAGAAAAAAAUCUGCGGCACCAGCUGAUGCUGUGCAGACAACAGCUGAGGAAUAUGACGGAAAACAAGGAAUCUGAGCUCCAGUGUCUCUUUGAACAGAUAGAAAGACAAGAGCAGCUUCUGGAAGAAAUACACCAGGAGAAAAGAGAUCUCCUGGAGGAGACCCACAGAAAAGAUGAAGAAAUGGAGUCUCUACAGCCAGAGCAACUGUUUAAAAUUCCACCUUGGGAAGAUGCUAGUCAGAUUGCAAUGAAAAAUCAGAAUGAAGCUCAAUUUGAAGAAAAAGCAGACCGUGUAAAUGCAUUAGAAACGAUUUCCAGUAUGCUUGAAAGUGCUCGUAAUGUUGGGGGUAAAAAUUUUAACCAGAUAAGGAAACUGGAGGGAACGUUCUCCACUGAGGGCACAAGUACCCGAGUGGCCUUGAACCAUCUGGAGUCUGUGCCUGAGAAACUGAGCUUACUAGAAGAUUUCAAAGACUUCAGAGAUUCCCACAGUUUUUCUGAGAGAAUUGAUGGGAGAUAUUCUAAAUACAGAGUUCACGGAGAAUCCCUUCAGCAGCGCCGAGAUGACACCAAGUACAGAGUCAGAGGCUUCAGAGAUGACAGAAUCUUUACAGAAAGUCCCCUUGCUCAUGGGUUAGAGCACUCGUUCUCUUGGCAUGAUCACAGUCACUUCCUGUCUAGUCCACGAUUUUCACACUUGAAUUCAUUUACCAAAAGAACAGUUACUCCAGAUUCACCUUCAAUCAAGGAAGAUGCCGCAAGUUCACCAAUGGAUGGAACAAGCCCACCAUCUAAGAAGGAGGAAUAUGAAAGCAAAAAAGGCAAAAUGUAAUUCGUUGCUUUACCGGAGGGUUUUACAAAGGACAGCAUAUCUGUCCCUGUUGCAGUUUGGCCCGGAUUACCCAGCAGACAAAUCCCCAGUUUCUGCUCUUGAGCAUUGCCGAACACUGACUGAAAGAACAAUAUAUUUGGUCACUGGGAAUGAUAGAAGUUAAAUCAAUCCAAGUAAUAUCAGCUCACGAAUGACACACAGCUGACUUACUGGCGACUUAAACCAGCAGAGAAAGAGAUAUACUUUUCACUUUACGUUUUCAUUCUUCAGGUGUGGUCAGUCAAUUGUUCCAACCAAAAUUUGGAUUUAUAAUUGGGAUUUUUUUUUUUUACAAAGGACUGGCUAAAAAGGAGGGAAAUGAGUUGCCCAUGAGGCAGACAUUGCCAGCACUUUAGAUUCAGGGAGUGUUUAUAUACAAUUGAUUUUUUAAAAAUGCUUUCUCCCUAAUAAAUUCUCACAUGUUAUAACAUGUCACGGAGAUAUGCAUAUAUAAUAUUAGACAGUCCGCUUUGUAAACGCUCAGGAUUGUUACAUCCAUCAUCUCACCAGUCUGUUACUACAUGCAGUAUCCUAAAAUUUUAUUUCCGAUCAUCCAUUUUUAAUAGCAGUAAAGAAUUUACAAGUGAUACCUGAAUUGUAGAACACUGUAAAGAAUUCAUAGCACAAUUUAUUUAUUUAUCUUUUUGUGGCCAAAUAUCUCACUGCGAUCACUUCAGUCAUAUUCUGGACUGUCUUUCAGUUUACUCUGACCAAACGCGCAGUUGCCAAACUCCUGUGUCAUGAGAUCUGCCACGCAAGAGUUCUCUGAUAAUCUGGCGCUGUGUACUUUCAGCAUCUCAGCCUCUCUCAGCAUCAAAGUGUUUUUAAGAACUUGUGCUCUUUACACGCUAAUCUACCAGUGGAGAAAGAUUUCUAUUAAAUGCUAACUAAGAGUAAAACAUCCACGAACUGAAUGCCACUGGGCCGUGAUGAAAUGUUCUUCAGAAGGACAAGGGCAAUAAAGCAAUACCUUCCCAAUGACCUUCUGUGUUUGUUAAAGUAUACUUGCUUGUUAGAUUUCUCAUAUGUUGUGAAGAUGCUCCUUUUGCCACCACCGUGUGUUUUUACUAACUUACUAUCCUUGAAUGUCCGGGAGAAAUGGCACUCUCUGUCUCUGAACUUGAGUGCCAGGGGUUCCUGCAGAAGACAGAGAUCUUUUAUCUCAAAAAAUUACAUAAUACUAUCUACAUAACCUCUGAGAGGAGAGCCAUGCAUUUUAUCAUUUAUCCAUUACUGAAAUCUUUUACUGAGUUCCUACAAGGGGCCAGUCAUGGUGCUAAGAAGGAAAACGGAGACAUAAAACCAGCUGUGCAUGACCCGCACUUUGUUUGGCAUUAGGGAGUCUGUGAAAGAGGAGUGAUGUGUUCAGGCUAGCUGGAGAAAUUCUGCAGGAGACAACAUUAAACAGGUUUGGCUUGGUUUUGUCUAACCUCAGGACUUCAAACCGUUAAUGUGCUAACGAGCACAGGGGGAGUAGCCAGUUUUUGAAGGAGCAGCUCACAGUCACGGUACUUCUCAGAACCUACAUCACGCCGGAGGAAUAUGGGGGUAUUGAGAAAUUAUGUCAGUAUUUUCAUUGAUGUUUGACCAACACUAUAAUAUUUUAUCUCCUUGGAUCUAAAUGACUAGCUAGGGAGAAAAUAAGGGAGAAUAUUAACACGUUUUAUUUCAAUCCUACAGAUAAUAGUUAAAUAGCUUUUCCCUUAAUGUGUCAGUAGGAACUCCAUGCAGUCCAUUCUUUUCAGUAGGAACCGAUUUAAACCACCUUUCACACAUCUGUGGCCAUUAAAAAAAAAAAAAAUUACAUCAGGCCAGUUAGACCUGAAAGUUGAAGGUAACACAGAUUAUUUACCUGGCAAAUCCUUGAAAACAUAUUAGCUGAUGAUUUUAUAACAGAAUAGAGAAGAAUCUUAUGAAAGGCCUUUUUUAAUCCGAAAGAAAUAAAGCUAUUAUAUCAUAUUAUUGAAGUCCCUGUGCUACUGUUGGAUGAAUGAAUGUGUCUGACUUUAAAUACGGAACACACAAGAACUUCAAAGGCAAAGUCAACUUUUUGUGAGCAACAAUUUUGUCAAAAUUCCUUGGCCCUCUGUUUAUAUGGAAUUAAAUCCAAGGACCUGUCUUUUCUGAGGAUUUUUCCUAUCUCUUGCAGUCACCCUAAGCUCGAGUUGGAAAUCAAAAGGAAUGCUAAGGAAACACUAAUAGCUUGAUUUGUACAUUUCAAAGCCAGCAACUGUUUUUCCUUCACUCACUCCUUUGGCAGGAUAACUCGUGAUAUCAGCCCCAUUUGAGUUGUGGCCGAUCGGCCAUAUUGCUUAUAGUACUGGGACGUUGGAAGGGAUUAACCUUAUUCUUGCAGUAAGCCUGGUCCAAGACUUAAUUUGAAGAUUGACCUUUUUGGUUUAAUAAUUUUGAUUCUUCUGGCCAUCUUUCUCCCUAAACACACUGAACUUCCAUUGAAGUUACUGAAGGCCACAGAGGGGAGAAACACAGCUGGGAGAAAUCUGGCUGGAUAUUUUUCCCAUUGGCUAACAUUAUUAUUAUUUCCUUGACUAGUGUCUGAUUUAAAGUUUGGAAACCAGCUGGUUAUAUAACAUCUUAUGCAUCCAGUUUCCCAGAAUCACCAGCUUUUCUUAUUGUUACAGUUUACAUAUUUUUACUAAUAAAGGAGAUAAAAUCUAUAGCUUAAUAAAACAGUACACAUAAGGCAUUUGGAUUUAAAGGAAAGUGCCUACCUACUUACCCAAGAAAACAAGCCUAUUUUUUUUUUCAUUUUUGUCCCUUCAGCUAAGGUAAAUGCAAUUUCCAUUUUGAGGCUCUGGUCAAUGGUAUGUAAGGUGUAUUUAGAGUCACAGUAAUUAUUAUAUUUUCUUUAAUCUAUAUUGAAUCUUAUAGUUAAAGAGCAAAUAUUUUUUAAAUGGGACCAAAUUUUUGCAUAUAACUAGACGGUAUACUUACUUAGCAAAUCCUUUUUUAAGAAGGACUUAGGAAUCUCAAAUUGUUCGUCUCAGGAUUUGUACUAUAAACCCAACUCCAUAUCAUAUAAUAGCCAAGAAUAAGAAUGAUCAUUGAGUAAAUUAUUCCCUUUCUUAGAUUCUUACCCCCCUCUCCUCAAACUAUCCCAGUAUUUCCUCUCAAUUUAAUUUUAAGAAGAAAGAAAGAAAAUUUGUGAUUUUCAUGGCCUUCAAAUGAGGAGCUGCCCUCACGAAGGCAUCUGGUUUUCUUGGAUCAAAACUAAACCAUGAACCGUAAGCUGGAAAGUAAAUUUGGGAAAGUUUGUAUAUAAAGGCAUUUCAUGCACCAAAGUAUGAUAUAAAAAUAGUUACAUCUUUCAACUUUUAAGUUCUCAAAUGUUUAGCAAUAAAAACAUCAGCUUAUCCCUAUUUGAGAAAAGAAAUUCAAACCAUGAAAGAUUCCAUUUAGUUCCAUUUCCGUACAAAACACGACACAUCUAAUUUAAGGCUAGGAGAAAUGCUUACAUCUAGAACCGGAACUUCAGAUUCCAAGCCCCCAAACAAAUUUCAGAGAUGUCUCCCUUGCUUUUGAUUAGUAACAAAGUAAACCAGUUUCUCUGCUCUGGUGAGACCAAGCAGAACUUCAAGUUCUAACCUCAUCUGCCCCCAGUUUAGCCUCUCCUGCUUUAUCCACACCUAGGCCCCCAUCCUCCCUAAAUCCAAACCCCAUUCAGGUCCCUCGUAGCGUUCCACCAGAUCAGCCCCAACCAUUGACCUUUGAAGUCUAAUCACCGUGACCUACAAUGAGGGGGCAGGCUGUCAGAAGUUUGUAGCACCUGCAUGUAUUUCGGGGCCAGCCAAUUGCAAAAGGAUUUAAAUGGCAAGUGUCUUCGCUCAUGGCUGAAAGCCUAGGAAUAUUUCUGUGGCUGGGUAUCUUCUGUAACACAGCUUGACUCUGACAUGGUACAAAGCCAUGUGACAGUGGUAGAUGAGAACUUGUUGCCUCGCUCUCUGCAGGAAAAUACUGGAUUUCUAAACAUAGCCACAUGUUAGUUCCCUUUCAGGAGGAUAGUCAAAACAAUAUAUAAUCCGACGACCUCCACCUUUCAAGAGGUAGAGUCUUGUACAGUGAGCACAGAGGCAGGAACAUGAAAAAAAAAAAAA